UAGGAGCCGGCAGAGCCAGGCCAGGAUGGAGAGGAGACGGGUCACCUCAGCUGCCCGCCGCGCCUAUGUUUCCUCCUCGGAGAUGGUGGUGGGGGGCCUGACUCCCAGCCACCGCUUGGUUCCAGGCACCCGCUUCUCCCUGGCUCGAAUGCCACCCCCACUCCCGGCCCGGGUGGAUUUCUCCUUGGCCGGGGCACUCAACACCGGCUUCAAGGAGACACGGGCCAGUGAGCGGGCAGAGAUGAUGGAGCUCAAUGACCGCUUCGCCAGUUACAUCGAGAAGGUGCGCUUCCUGGAACAGCAGAACAAGGCACUGGCUGCGGAGCUGAACCAGCUGCGGGCCAAGGAGCCCACCAAGCUGGCCGACGUCUACCAGGCUGAGCUGCGCGAGCUGCGCCUGCGGCUCGAUCACCUCACCGCCAACUGCGCCCGGCUGGAGGUCGAGAGGGACAAUCUGGCGCAGGACCUGGGCACCCUGAGGCAGAAGCUCCAGGAUGAAACCAACCUGAGGCUGGAGGCCGAGAACAACCUGGCUGCCUAUCGACAGGAGGCAGAUGAAGCCACCCUGGCCCGUCUGGAUCUGGAGAGGAAGAUUGAGUCUCUGGAGGAGGAAAUCCAGUUCUUGAGGAAGAUCCAUGAGGAGGAGGUGCGGGAGCUCCAGGGGCAGCUCGCCCGGCAGCAGGUCCAUGUGGAGCUGGAUGUGGCCAAGCCAGACCUCACAGCGGCCCUGAGAGAGAUCCGCACCCAGUAUGAGGCAGUGGCAUCCAGCAACAUGCAUGAGGCAGAGGAGUGGUACCGGUCCAAGUUUGCGGACCUGACGGACGCCGCUGCCCGCAACGCGGAGCUGCUCCGCCGGGCCAAGCAUGAGGCCAACGACUACCGGCACCAGCUGCAGGUGUUGACCUGCGACCUGGAGUCCUUGCGCGGGACGAACCAGUCCCUGGAGAGGCAGAUGCGGGAGCAGGAGGAGCGUCACGCGCGGGAGGUGGCGAGUUACCAGGAGACCCUGGCCCGGCUGGAGGAGGAGGGGCAGACCCUCAAGGACGAGAUGGCCCGGCACCUGCAGGAGUACCAGGACCUGCUCAACAUCAAGCUGGCCCUGGACAUGGAGAUCGCCACCUACAGGAAGCUGCUGGAGGGCGAGGAGAACCGCAUCACCAUUCCUGUGCAGACCUUCUCCAACCUGCAGAUCCGAGGGGGCAAAGGCACCAAAGAAGGGGAAGGUCACAAGGUCACAAGACAUCUCAAAAGCCUCACAGUACAAGUUAUACCCAUUCAGGCUCACCAGAUUGUAAACGGAGCCCCGCCGGCUCUCGAAACCAGCCUGGACACCAAGUCCGUGUCGGAAGGCCAUCUCAAGAGAAACAUCGUGGUGAAGACUGUGGAGAUGCGGGAUGGAGAGGUCAUUAAGGAGUCCAAACAGGAGCACAAGGACGUGAUGUGAGGCGGGAACCACCUGGAGGCCCCUGUCCCCUAACGGGAGGGGCCUGCAGCAGUAAACAGGAUAGCUGCCCCUCCUCUGAUCGCUCAUUUCCCCAGACCUGAGUUCCCACCACCCCAUUGCAGCUGCUCCCCACGACACAUCUCUAUGCCAGCUUUUGCCCUAGGCUCCAUCCGCAGUAGGCCCACCAGACAGCACCCACCCCACUCCCAGCAACUCCAUCUAAAAGGGCACUCACCCCAAAGGGGCAGCCUGGAGGGGCAUGGCCAGAAGCUUGGGUUAGAAUUGGGAGGGAAGAGAGAAGUUGGGGAGGGCCUAGAGACCUAAUAAAUCACUCUCCAUAGCCUAA